GAGCCCGUCUCUCGCGCUCGCCCGUUGACGGCAAGGAUCCUUCGAAAGGAAAAGGAAAGGGAGCGGACAUGAAACCCUCGACGAAGAAGAGGAGCAGGAAGAAGAAGAGGAAGCCCGCCCCCGCCCCCGGAUCGGAUCCCGCCAAAGAGGAAGAGGCGGCGGCCUCGGCGGCGGAGAUCCUCGUCAACGGCGGUAGCGAUGACGAGCAGAAGCGAGCCCUAAAUUGGUUGAUCGACGCCUUCACUUCCGUGUCCGUCGAUCAGAUCGCCUCUGCGUACCGCGAGGCUGGCGGCGACCCCUUCAAGGCGGCCGGAAUCCUCGGGGCCCGGCUCGACGACCCCGCGGUGGGACCGGCGGGAGGCCGUGAGGCGAUGGGGUCGGGUAACGGCUUUGGAGGGAGUCGAAGGCACAAGAGGGUCGCUGCGGCCACGGGGAUGGUGUCGGAUGUGAUCGGGAAGGGUUAUAGCGGUUGCGGGAGGAGGAAUAAAGAUAGGAUCGUGACUAAUUUACAAAGUAAGGGGUGUAUGAAUAGGAUGUACAAGGUCGAGGAGGCUGAGCAGUUCUUGUGUUCGAUGCUCGGAGAUGAGUCUGAGCUUGGCAUGGGUGUUGUCACGGAUGUUUUAGACCAAUGUGGAUGCGAUAUUGAAAAGGCUUUAGAAGUUUUACUGGAUAUAUCAGCUUCCUCAUGUAAUAAAUUAAAGGAAAAAGAAAGUCAAAACCGUGGCAUACCCAGGACAAACUAUUCAUACACCUGUCCUGAAACAUCCAGCAAUGACCAUCCAAAGAACACCAUAAAUUCAUUCCAGUUAAGAGAUAGGACAUCUGAUUCAGCAUAUCAUUUAUCUGAAAAAGAACAUGUUUUCCAACCAUUUGUUGGAUAUAGUAACAGGGAGCAUGGACUUGUGCUUGCUGACAAUGAGGUACCACUACCAUCCAAAUCAGAACAAUCGAAACCAGCUCUCCAGCAAAAAGUCUUAGAGUCAUUGUUUAACAUCCCUAACUCACCCAAGCAUGAAUCAAAUUGUAUGAAUUGGAAAAAGGUAGUUACAAAGGUAGAAUCAUUUGGUCAGGGUUUAGAGUUCUGUUCAUCAAGCACAGAAGAUACUCAAUCAAAUGCUGCAUAUGGUAAAGAAGAUGACUAUCAAGUGUUUCGUGGUGUUUCAAAGAAGCAUUGGGAUAAGAUGCGAACCUACUACCAAGAAGCUGCAAUGGCAUACUCAAGAGGUGAGCGUGCUCAUGCUUCUUAUCUGUCAGAAAAGGGGAAGCUUUACCGAGAUAUAGCACGUGAGGCAGAUGAGAAAGCUAGUCGAGAGAUUUUUGAAACCAGAAACAAGCACAUUAAAAACAUGGUCACCAUUGAUUUACAUGGGCAACAUGUUAAGCAAGCAAUAGGACUUCUGAAACUUCACCUCCUAUUGUUCACAUAUAUUCCCUCUGUCCCAUAUCUUAAAGUUAUCACUGGAUGUGGUGCUGAUGGUGUCGGAAAGGGAAAAUUGAAGCAUGCGGUGCUUGGCCUCGUGGAAAAAGAAGGUGUCAAGUGGAGAGAAGAGAAUGCUGGGACUUUAAUCCUCAGUCUCGAUGAACCAAAAGAGUACAGUUUUGUGAAAUGUGAUACUGAUUCCGAGUAGGCUCAGCUUAGCCGGUGUUAAUAGUAGUGUACAGUGCUACUGACAUGGACCGAUGUUUUAAGCUCGCCAUCAGUUACAUAGCCUGUGUAACAUAUAUCCACUGCGACCAAACGAUGUAGGCGAUUGGUGUUCAGGCACUCCAAUCAAGUGAUUUAGAGUUUUAAGCAGCAAGGUCAGGAGAAUCUGUACAACUAAGACUAAUUAUUGUGUUUGGGAAUGAAACGUAGCUGAUUGGGUUCUCAGUGCAU